AUGUUGAAUCAGUGGGGGGGUCCUGGGAACUGGCGGCCAAAUCAGGUGCAGAACCAGCAGCAGCAACCAAGCAGCGCCCAGGGUUACCAGGGGCAGAUGCCAUCGCAGAUGCAGAUGCAAGGGAAUCAAGGGCAGAAUACCCUAGUGCAAGCAGGAGGGGAAGGUAACAAGGACAGUAGCAAUCCAGUACAACAGCAAAAGAAGAAGCAGCCGCAGGGCAAAAACAAGAAUGUCAGCAAGGCUAAGGAUGCUUCAGGUGCUGAUUACAGUGAUGUCACUUGCUAUACUUGUGGAGAACCUGGGCACCACAAAGCUCAGUGCCCCAAACCCCCAUCUUGCUUCAUCUGUAAGAUGGUGACCCACAAGGUGGAUGACUGCCCAGUCAGGAAAAAGCCUAGGAACUGUGCUAAGUAUGUAGGCAGUGCUGCUUCAGGUCUAGGUUUCUUCAAGAUUGAUGUCCCAGAUGUUAAUGAGCAACAUGUUGGAAAUAGGAAAAAUGUUGGGAUAGUAUACACUGAAGCUGGUCAAAUUGAAGGUGUAUCAGUCAAUGUGGAAGUGUGGAAAGGAGAUAUGGAAUACCAUGCAGAGCUCCAGUCUGUUUGGCUCCAGCUGAGAGGAGUGGCUCCAAAUUGGGCAGAAUGGUCUGUGUUGGAACAAUUUGCUUCUGUUCUGGGCACUCUGAUAGAUGUAGACUGGCAAGGAAACUUCAAAACCUUCUUUGAAGUGGUUAGGAUCAAAAUCAGAUGUAAAGACUUUACCAAAAUUCCAUCUGAAAGGAUUUUUGGGAUAGGAGAUAAGCUAUACAAGAUCAAGAUAAUUGUAGAGCCACCAGUUGAAGAGCUUGAUCAAGAUGACCUGCUGGAUGAGGAUAUUGACAAAAGCAAGGAGAAGGAAGGGCAGCACAAUACCAGCAGUGACAAUGGAGCUGGAGGCUCACAUCACACUGCAAAUGCACCAUCCUCUCAAUCUGGAGGGAGUGGCUCCACCCCUGGGUCCUCUCAUCAAGGAAAGCAAAAUGUGUUGUCAUACCUCCAACAAAUCCAAGACCCCAUUUCUUUGGAGGAAAGCUUCAAAUUGCUGCAAGAAAUGGAAAUUGGAGAAGAAGAAGAGGAGGAUAACAUCAGCAUGCUUGAUGAUCAGGUUGGGGAUGCAAAUGAUAGUGAAACUCUAGAGAAGGGAUUGAACGAGAUUCAAGCAGGAGAAAUGGUGGAAUUUGCCAGCGGUGUGAAAGGAAUCGCCUUAAAUCUUGAGAAUGAGAAUGUAGGUAUUGUUGUCUUUGGUAGUGAUACCGCUAUUAAAGAAGGAGAUCUUGUCAAGCGCACUGGAUCUAUUGUGGAUGUUCCUGCGGGAAAGGCCAUGUUAGGCUGUGUGGUCGACGCCUUGGGAGUACCUAUUGAUGGAAAAGGGGCUCUAAGCGAUUACGAACAAAGACGUAUCGAAGUGAAAGCCCCAGGGAUUAUUGAACGUAAAUCUGUGCAUGAACCCAUGCAAACAGGCUUAAAAGCAGUGGAUAGCCUGGUUCCUAUAGGCCGUGGUCAAUGAGAACUUAUAAUCGGGGACAGACAAACUGGAAAAACUGCAAUAGCUAUCGAUACUAUAUUAAACCAAAAGCAAAUGAACUCAAGGAGCACAAAUGAGAGUGAGACAUUGUAUUGUGUCUAUGUUGCGAUUGGACAAAAACGCUCGACUGUGGCACAAUUAGUUCAAAUUCUUUCAGAAGCGAAUGCUUUGGAAUAUUCCAUUCUUGUAGCAGCCAUCGCUUCGGAUCCUGCUCCUCUGCAAUUUCUGGCCCCAUAUUCAGGGUGUGCCAUGGGGGAAUAUUUCCGCGAUCAUGGAAUGCACGCAUUAAUUAUAUAUGAUGAUCUAAGUAAACAGGCGGUGGCAUAUCGACAAAUGUCAUUGUUGUUACGCCGACCACCAGGCCGUGAGGAUUUCCCAGGGGAUGUUUUAUAUUUACAUUCCCGGUUCUUAGAAAGAGCCGCUAAACGAUCGGACCAGACAGGUGCAGGUAGCUCGACUGCAUUACCCGUGAUUGAAACACAAGCUGGAGACGUAUUGGCCUAUAUCCCCACCAAUGUGAUCUCCAUUACAGAUGGACAAAUCUGUUUGGAAACAGAGCUCUUUUAUCGCGGAAUUAGACCAGCUAUUAACGUUGGCUUAUCCGUCAGUCGCGUCGGGUCUGCCGCUCAGUUGAAAGCUAUGAAACAAGUCUGUGGUAGUUCAAAACUGGAAUUGGCACAAUAUCGCGAAGUGGCCGCCUUCGCUCAAUUUGGGUCAGACCUUGAUGCUGUGACUCAGGCAUUACUCAAUAGAGGUGCAAGGCUUACAGAAGUGCCCAAACAACCAUAAUAUGAACCACUUCCAAUUUAAAAACAAAUUGUUGUGAUUUAUGCUGCUGUCAACGGCUUCUGUGAUCGAAUGCCACUAGACAGAAUUUCUCAAUAUGAAAAAGCCAUUCUAAGUACUAUUAAUCCUUAAUUACAAAAAUCCUUCUUAGAAAAAGGUGGCUUAACUAACGAAAGAAAGAUGGAACCAGAUGCUUCUUUAAAAGAAAGCACUUUGCCUUACCUGUGAAUUAAUAAAAAAAGGUUACCCCUUACUCGCAGAUGUAGGAAGAAGGCUUUUCUCGCCAACUGAACCCCAAUAGGCUAUUUUGGACUUUUUGCACAUAAUUAUUAAAGAUAGAUUUUCGUGCCAUGCGUAAACCAAGCUGCUGAGAGUCUACCCCAGCCACAAGGGGGAGCUGCUCCAGUAGUUCAGGAUACCCCACCCAACCCCACAAGGGUUGACGGACCCCCUACCUAUACCUAUACCUGAUGAUUACCUAUACCUGAUGAUUUUCAAUCCACGGCUCAUUUUCUUUAAUAUGUGACAAGCCUUGCAAAUUGUGAUAAUAUGUAUCAAAUUAGUGGUCCGCAUAACCCAAUAUUUGAAAAUUAUGGAGGUGCAGGCCCAAGUACUUCGAA